CUGUAUUUAAGGGGUAUAUCUUUUCACGAUGUAUGAUACCUCGAAUAUAGUUCAUGCAGUGAGGGAGUCUCUUAUAUUAAAACAAUGACUGUUGAGAGCAAAAAAUGGAUUGCACCUGAAGAAACUAAGCAUGACCUCGAUUGGGCAGACUUAAAUGUUAUUGAUUUGAGCAAAUUCGAUACUGCAAGGGAAGAAUUGGUUGAAGAUCUUCGUGAUGCAGUUCAAAAGGACGGUUUUUGGGCUGUAGUGGGGACCGGAAUUUCACAAGAUGAGAUUAACGAACAAUUUGCCUUGGGACUGCGAUUCUUUGAUGAAUAUCCACUUGAGGAUAAACGUAGUCAAGAGGUUGAUUUCCCAGCUGGAAACUAUUUUGGGUACAAACCUAAGGAUAUUAAGACUGUUUUUGGAACUGAUGUAAGAGAUAAUGUUGAAACAUUGAACAUUGCAAAAUUUACGAAAGGUGGGGAUUUUGAAAAGUACUACAAGCAAAAAUACAUCCACGACCACCGUGAACAACUUGAAAUAAUUUCUCGAAGAUCAUGGGAAGUAGCUAGAAAACUUCUUGUAAUAUUUGCGUUAAUCUUGGAGCUUAACGAAAACUACUUUGUCGAGAGACAUUUGUAUGACGUUCCAAGUGACGAUCAUGUUAGAUUUAUGAAGUACCACCCACGUAGUGAGGAAGAUGACAGAAAAGUUGAUAAUGUGUGGGCGAGAGGACAUACAGAUUUUGGUAGUUUGACUUUGUUAUACAAUCAAGUAGUGGCAGGACUCCAGAUUCAACUUGCUGACGGACUGUGGAAAUAUGUAAAACCAGUCCACGGCGGAAUAAUUUGCAACAUAGGUGACACUCUUUCAUUUUGGAGUGGAGGGUACUUUAAAACCACUAUUCAUAGAGUGGUCAGACCUCCAGCAGAUCAAGUAGGUGCACCAAGAAUUGGAACUUUCUACUUUGUCAGACCGCUGAGUAAAAUUGAAGUAGUUGACUCACCACUUUUGAAGAGAUUAGGGUUGUACCGAAAAGUAGAUCCAAUCAGUGGUACUGAGUAUGUCAGAAGUAGGGUAAAGAACUAUCAUGACACUCAAAACUAUGAAACAAGAAAGAAUGCCACUUUCAAACACGGAGAAUUUGAAAUUAGAGAUGGGUAUUAAAAAAAGAAUCUACUGAGGCUCUUAAAUAGUAAACAUAAUAUUUACAAGAUCACAUA